GACAGAAUCCACUCCGGGUUCAAUAUCUUUUUCCCCUUUUCUUCUCUGCUCAACCAAAGUUGAUAAAUUUACAGCGCUUCUGUUAAUUGGCUGAUCAGGAGGAUUGUGAUUCUUAAUUUAGUCUUGUUUCGCAGGCAGCCUUGAUAAUUAUCAGAAUCUGCUAAUGGAGGUUUUAGCAAGUUGUGAUGUAUCCCCGCACUUUUACUACGGUAAAUCAAGGAACAAAAUCACAGAGGUACUUAUCAACACCAACACCAACCGUCAUGGUGCUAACAAUUCUCUUGAGACUCAUUUACCCAACGAAAUAGUGAUAGACAUCUUAAGCAGACUUCCGGUGAAGGCACUCAUGCAGUUUAAGUCGGUAUGCAAAGAUUGGUUGUAUUUGAUUAAACAAGAUCGAAAAUUCAUUGAUUUACAUUUCAUCCGAUCAAAAUCACGUCCUAAUCUUCUCUACAUCGACCCAUUGCCAGAAAAGGGCGUCCCCCACGCUAGCCUAAUUUCUGGCUUUGAACAAAGCAAAACAUUACAACAAACCAUUUCAUGUGCAGAGAUAGUUAAAGGGAGUACUGGUGGUGAGGAAGAACAAGUGGAAGCCUUUGUUUGUAAGGUUAGGAUAACCGAGGAUAAAUGGUUCCCUUAUAGUGAAAUCUUGGAACCGGUAAAUGGUUUGGUUUGUUUUGUAGAUCAGAAGACACACGCUAUUAAGGUAUACAAUGCAAGUACACGAGAAGCAACACCGUGGGUCAUAUCAACGUUACUCGCAGAAGAAAAUCACAAGCUUAUGGUAAUGCCAGAUAAAAGCAUGAUGAAGAUAACAAGUCAGUCUACUCCAAUUUAUCGAUUUGGGUUCGAUCCAGAGAAGAAAGAACAUAAAGUAUUCUGCUUUUGGAGACUAAUUGCUAAGCGCGAUGAACGUCGUCAUAAUUCCUUGGAUCGUCCUGACUAUGAAAGUUGGGAGGCAUUCACAGUGGGUCAUGACACAAAAUGGCGUAAGAUCAAUGCGGUUCCUAACGAAAACAACCAAAUAAAAAUUAAAGAUGUGCUCCCUCCGGCUUAUAUUACUUGGCGGCAGGUGUAUGCGGAUGGUACCAUAUAUUGGAGUAACAAAGAGUAUUAUUGGGACCGAUGGGGGACCACUAAUCGUGAUGAUCCCGAUGUCAUAGUUGCAUUUGAUGUUGGAACUGAGAAAUAUCGACUUAUCCCAAUUCCUAGUUUCAUCCUCGACGAGCCUCGUGACGAAGAAUAUAGGCUGCCAAUUGAUAUGUUAGUAUUGGGUGGACAUGUGGCUCUAUUAUACCGGGUGGAGCCUUAUGUUGUUAAGUUAUGGAUGCUAGAUGACGGAGCAGGCAAAAAACUGGAAAAUUGUCGAGGAAAUAAAAGUAAUUGGAGCACGGAGACUAUUACAGUACCCUUUUAUUGUGAUAAACGGGUUGGUGGUUUUGGAGUUGCUGGAAGUAAUGACAAGAUAGUAUUUGAAUGCCGGGGAUGCAAAAAAUCCGUGAGCUUCACCUCUUUGUAUUCUUAUGAUCGCAAGAAAAAGACUUGUAAGAAGAUUGAAAUGGAUGGAGUCUCCUCGUUUACCCGUUACUCCCAGAGGUCUCUAAUUACCACUUUUACCGAAAGCCUCUUUCAUGUUCAGUCUCUCAACAAGACAAAUGUUACCUGAAGCUUGUGCAAAGUUUCUCUACAUAUUCCUCAUGCCAUGUGAGUGCCCAACUUUGUGGACUUAUCAGUUAUCACUCUUUCAUUUUCAGGAAACGGCAAAUCAAUCCGUUGAAUUUCUUGUAUAAAACGUUCAUAAAUGUAUUAUGUUAUCUUUUCCUUUAGGCUUUUCAUAUUAAUAGUUGUACGAUAUUUCCUAUAAAAUCUGUGUUCAUUGUUCAGAUUCAUCAUUUUAAUUCUGACUGCAAUACUUAAUGAGAUUGCCAUGUUUCAA